AUGUUUUGGUCCAUUGGCCUUGGAGACCACGAGCUGCCAUGGCUUGGGUCUCAGCCCACUGUGGUCCCCUACGGCCCCAGAAAACUCAGCUGCGAUGAGAAACACGACCAAACUGAACAAGUGGCACACCAGCACUUCAGCAACAUAUGGAAGUUGCUUCGCUUUAAUGAUCAUACUCUGAGACAGACAGAUGAAGAGGGAGUUCCGGGUGCUUACAUGCCUUACCAGCCAAACAACCACAGCAGUACUCUGGCGCACACGAGGGCUGAGGAGACGAACCACGAAAAGCCAGCGGUCAUUGAGAAUGGUGAAAUUCGCCUUAAUGGCAAGGGGAAGAAGAUCCGCAAACCGCGAACCAUUUACUCCAGUGUUCAGCUGCAGGCGCUGCACCAGCGCUUCCAGCAGACCCAGUACCUCGCGCUGCCCGAGCGCGCCGACCUAGCCGCGACAUUGGGACUGACGCAAACACAGGUUAAAAUAUGGUUUCAAAACAAGCGCUCCAAGUAUAAGAAGAUCAUGAAGCAUGGCUCCAGUGGACCUGAAGGGGAGCUUCUUCACAACACCUCCUCAUCCUCUCCAUGCUCUCCGGGUCUCUCUCAGCUCUGGGAGGUCUCUAUGGCCAACAAAGUGGCACCCAUGCAUCCCAGCAGUUAUAUGAACAAUUACGGGCACUGGUAUCCCCCACACCACCAGGAUCCUGUGCCCAGACCUCAGAUGAUGUGAUUGAAAUUGGAAACACAGAGCCAGAGAGACUCCAUUCCGUGUUGACACCUGCCUAACCUGUGAAGGUUUUUUCCUUUACGGUGUUCAUAUGUGUUUUAUUGCUUAGUGUGUUUGGAAAGGACUGUUUUACUCCCCUGUACA